GAAAGAUCGAUCAGAGGCUUGCGCUGGGUCCUCGUCUGUCUAGCAGUCUAUUCGAGCAACUUCCUUUAUGGCUUGGAUAACACUAUUGUCGCCGAUAUCCAAGCCCCUAUCGUUGGGACUUUCGGCAACGUCGACAAGCUUGGGUGGCUUGGCAUCGGUUUUCCGUUGGGUUCUAUUGGAGUCAUCCUAGCUGUUGGCAAGGGCUAUGCCAUCUUCGAUGUCAAAUGGCUCUAUAUCGGAUCACUGACCAUGUUCGCGGCGGGAAGCGCCUUAUGCGGUGCAGCUCCCACUAUGGACGCGUUAAUCGUUGGACGAGUUUGGGCCGGAGCUGGUGGAGCCGGAAUGUAUCUUGGUAAUUUGAACAUGAUCCAGCUCAUGACGACUCCUCAUGAACGCAGCAUCUACAUGUCAUGUAUUGUGCUGGUCUAUGGGACUGGAGCCAUUCUUGGGCCUGUACUGGGCGGGUCAUUGGCCGAUAGUUCUUCCGACGGCUGGCGAUGGGCCUUCUAUUUGAACCUCUUUAUUUUCGCAGUCAUGGCUCCUAUUUAUAUAUUCCUCCUGCCGUCGAUCCCCCAACGACCGGAUAUCCGUUUCUUAACCAAACUACGAUCCUUUGACUGGUUAGGUAUUGUUCUAAGCUGGGGUAUGUAUACCUCAUUCGCUAUGAUCUUCACCUUUGGUGGCACGAUAUGGCCUUGGGAUGAUGGUCGGAUAAUCGCGCUUUACGUGGUCUGUGGUACAACAUUUAUUGCGUUUGCAGUCCAGCAGACCUUUGCGUUGUUCACAAGUAAAGAAAAUAGGCUGUUUCCUGUCGAGUUCCUGAGCAAUCGAACACUGGUGUUGAUGUUUAUUUCCACCUGUUGCCUUUCAGGUGCGCUUUACAUCACUGUCUACUAUCUGCCUCUGUUCUUCCAGUUCGUUGGCGGUGACAAUGGCGUGGAAGCUGCGGUUCGCUUGCUGCCCUUUGUUUGUUUCUACAUCUUCGGCGUCGUACUCAAUGGUUUCCUGAUGAUACGUUGGGGUUAUUACAUGCCUUGGUUCCUUGUAAGCGGUAUCUUCAGCACCAUUGGCGGAGCACUGCUCUACACGAGCUCGACGGAAAUGCCAUACGCGAACAUCUAUGGCUAUUCCAUUCUAUGUGGAAUUGGCUUGACGGCGUUUCAGGCAGCAUAUUCCAUCGUGCCUACAAAAGUUGGCGACAAUCAGAUCGCCGAGGCGAUGCAGUUUGUCAACGCAGGACAGCAAGGCAGCAAUCUUAUUGCUCUUGCUAUGAGCAACACAAUUUUCCAAAACGUGGCCUUAACCAAGCUCAGGCCAAUUCUUAUUCCUGCCGGAUUUUCCGAAGAAGAUAUCACUGCCGCUAUGGCCGGUGCCAAGAGCACCGUCUUGCAGUCAGCUUCCGAAGAUGUGAGAGCUGCCACUUUGGAAGUGCUGGUGGAGGCGAUCAACGAUACUUAUAUUCUGAUCAUCGUCGCUGGUGCUCUGGUGCUCAUAUGCUCUUUAUUUAUG